AACUCUACUGUGGGAAACCCAGCGAGGAGCCGGCAAGGAAACCUUGUCAGACUGCCUUUUGAAGGAAAUUAUUGGUCCCCCAUUUUUCUCCAAAAACAGAAAGAAUCUCUGCAAAGAAUCAGACCUUCAGGACAGAACAGAAGUGUGGAAGAGGAGUACUUUUUGCCAACAGUUUUGAGCAAAGAUUCCUGUUCUACCUGGGGAGGAGGGCAUUUUUCAACCUUUGAUAAAUACCAGUAUGACUUCACUGGGACUUGCAACUACAUCUUUGCAACUGUAUGUGAUGAGACCAGCCCAGACUUCAACAUUCAGUUCCGUCGUGGGCUGGACAAAAAAAUUGCAAGGAUCAUUAUUGAGCUUGGACCUUCUGUUGUCAUUGUGGAGAAAGGCAGCAUUUCUGUCAGGAGUGUUGGUGUCAUUCAGUUGCCUUACACCAGCAAUGGAAUCCAAAUAUCACCUUAUGGACGCAACAUCCGCCUGGUAGCCAAGCUCAUGGAGAUGGAACUGGUGGUCAUGUGGAACAAUGAUGACUACCUCAUGGUUUUGGCUGAAAAAAAAUACAUGGGGAAAACAUGUGGAAUGUGUGGGAACUACGACGGCUAUGAAUUGAAUGAAUUUGUGCGUGAGGGUAAAUUGCUGGAUACAUAUAAAUUUGCUGCAUUACAAAAAAUGGAUGAUCCAUCAGAGAUCUGCCUGUCUGAGGAGAUACCAAUUUCCACCGUUCCUCACAAAAAAUAUGCCGUGAUCUGCUCUCAGCUACUUAAUUUGGUGUCACCAACCUGCAGUGUGCCCAAGGAUAGGUUUGUCAUUCGUUGCCAGCUCGAUAUGCAAGACUGCAGUGAGCCAGGACAAAACAAUUGCACUUGCUCUACACUGUCAGAGUAUUCCAGGCAAUGUGCUAUGUCCCACCAAAUGGUGUUCAACUGGAGAACUGAAAAUUUCUGCUCUGUGGGAAAAUGUUCUGCGAACCAAAUCUAUGAGGAAUGUGGUUCACCAUGUAUUAAAACCUGUUCCAACCCAGAGUACAGCUGUUCCAGUCACUGUACCUAUGGCUGCUUUUGUCCAGAAGGAACUGUUCUUGAUGACAUCUCAAAGAAUCGGACAUGUGUUCACAUUAGCCAGUGUCCAUGUACACUGAAUGGGAAAACAUAUGCUCCUGGUGAGACAAUGAAAGCAGCGUGUAGGACCUGUAAAUGUGUGAUGGGUCAGUGGAACUGCCAAGACUUGCCCUGUCCUGGAAGGUGUUCCCUGGAAGGAGGCUCCUUUGUUACCACAUUUGAUUCGAGGCCGUAUCGAUUCCAUGGGGUUUGCACUUACAUUCUUAUGAAGAGUUCCAGCCUGCCACACAAUGGAACCCUAAUGGCUGUUUAUGAAAAGACUGGUUAUUCUCAUUCUGAGACAUCACUUAGUGCUAUAAUUUACCAAUCUGCAAAGGACAAAAUUGUGAUUUCUCAGAAUGAUCUCCUUACUGAUGAUGAUGAACUUAAGCGGCUACCUUACAGAUCAGGAGACAUCACCGUUUUCAGACAAUCCUCCAUGUACAUUCAGAUGCAUACAAACUUUGGGCUGGAACUUGCAGUUCAAACAUCACCUGUAUUCCAGGCCUACGUGAAAGUUGGAUCACAAUUCAAAGGCAGAACGCUAGGUUUGUGUGGCAAUUACAAUGGAGACACUACAGAUGACUUCAUGACUAGCAUGGAUAUCACUGAAGGGACAGCCUCCCUGUUUGUAGAUUCCUGGAGGGCAGGAAAUUGCCAUCCUGCCUUAGAGAGAGAGACUGACCCUUGCGCUUUGAGCCAGCUGAACAAAAUAUCUGCUGAGACUCAUUGCUCUAUUCUGACCAAGAAGGGUACAGUGUUCGAGAAAUGCCAUGCAGUGGUGAACCCUAUUCCUUAUUACAAGAGAUGUGUCUAUCAAGCCUGUAAUUAUGAAGAGACCUUUCCUUAUAUUUGCUCUGCUCUGGGAUCAUAUGCACGAGCAUGCAGUUCCAUGGGUUUAAUCCUUGAGAACUGGAGAAGCAGUAUGGACAAUUGCACCAUUACUUGCACUGGAAAUCAAACAUUCAGCUACAACACUCAAGCAUGUGACAGGACAUGCCUCUCACUCUCCAAUCGAGCCCUGGAAUGCCAUCCAGCUGAUAUUCCUAUUGAGGGCUGCCAGUGUCCUAAAGGAAUGUACCUGAACCACAAGAAUGAGUGUGUUCGUAAAUCUCAUUGUCCCUGCUACUUAGAGGACAGAAAGUACAUUCUGCCUGACCAGUCAACAAUGACUGGUGGGAUUACCUGCUACUGUGUUAAUGGGAGGCUAAGUUGCACAGGCAAACCUCAAAAUCCUGCAGAAAACUGCAAAGCUCCUAAGAAAUAUAUAUCAUGUUCUGACAAUUUAGAAAACAAGUAUGGAGCUGCAUGUGCCCCUACCUGUCAGAUGCUGGCUACUGGAAUUGACUGUAUACCCACAAAGUGUGAAUCAGGCUGUGUCUGUGCUGAUGGCCUCUUUGAAAAUCUCGAUGGCAAGUGUGUGCCAGCUGAGGAAUGUCCAUGUGAAUAUGGUGGCCUUGCUUAUGAAAGAGGUGAACAAAUCCAGACUGAAUGCGAGAUCUGCACUUGCACAAAAGGCAAAUGGAAAUGCGUUCAGAAAACAAGGUGUUCCUCCACCUGUAAUCUGUAUGGAGAAGGCCACAUCACCACCUUUGAUGGACAGCGUUUUGUGUUUGAUGGCAACUGUGAAUACAUAUUAGCUAUGGAUGGCUGCAGUGUUAACAGACCCAUUUCCUCUUUCAAAAUUGUUACUGAGAAUGUCAUCUGUGGGAAAUCAGGAGUUACAUGCUCCAGAUCCAUCAGCAUUUACCUUGGGAAUCUGACAAUCAUACUGAGAGAUGAAACCUUCGCUAUUUCUGGGGAAAAUCCUGGUGUGCAGUACAAAGUGAAAAAGAAUGCACUUCACCUGAUGUUUGAUAUCAUUAUCCCAGGAAAAUACAACAUGACCCUUAUUUGGAAUAAGCACAUGAACUUCUUCAUCAAGAUCUCCAGAGAAACACAGGAAACGAUCUGUGGUUUGUGUGGGAACUAUAAUGGCAACAUGAAGGAUGACUUUGAAACUCGAAGCAAGUACGUGGCAUCAAACGAGCUGGAAUUUGUCAACUCUUGGAAAGAGAAUCCUCUCUGUGGGGAUGUGUACUUUGUAGUGGACCCCUGUAGCAAGAACCCUUAUCGUAAAGCAUGGGCAGAAAAGACAUGUUCCAUCAUCAACAGCCACAUUUUUUCUGCCUGUCACAAUAAGGUGAAUCGGAUGCCCUACUAUGAGGCCUGUGUCCGAGACUCCUGUGGGUGUGACAUUGGAGGGGACUGUCAGUGCAUGUGUGAUGCCAUCGCAGUCUAUGCCAUGGCAUGCUUGGAAAAAGGCAUCUGCAUUGACUGGAGGACCCCCGACUUCUGUCCUGUCUAUUGUGAGUAUUACAAUUCUCAUAAAAGAACAGGCAUUGAUGACGCUUUUUCCUAUGGCUACAAUGAUGACAAAUGCACCUGGCACUACCGGCCUUGUAACUGUCCAAAUCAAAACUACAAAUAUGUCAAUAUUGAAGGCUGUUACAACUGCUCUCAUGAUGAAUACUUUGACCAUGAAGAGGAAAGGUGCAUGCCAUGUGGACAAGUAAAUGUUACCACCACACCGGAACCAUCUUCACCUUCACCAGUAAUAACAGUGCAGCCUAAAGUAACAAGGAGCUCUACCACAAGCACCUUACCAACAGUACCUAGUACUUCUGCAACAGCUGUAUCACCUGAGACUACAAAUCCAACAAUAACUGCAAAAAUUACAAUUCCAAGAACUUCACCCUCAAAACCUCUUGUCACAAUAAAGUCAACAACUGAACAUACAACAUCAAUUUUUACCACACCAAACAUGACUACAACCAUCACUACCCCUUCCAUAACUACCUCAAUGAAAAGAACCGUAGCCACUACACCAAAGUCUGUUCCCUCAUCACCUUCUGCCUUGUCAACUGCUGCUUCAACAGAGACAGAACGAGUAGGGGUCACCUCACCUCCCUUCAAGACCACCACCAAAAAGGAAACGACAGCCUCCUCAAUGUCUACUCAAACCACAACUCAGAGCACAACUUUCAGCCAGCCUAAACUAACAACAGCAGAGAGUGAAGGAACUGAAGAAACCACUCUGCAUUACCCAGAAGCAAGGGAGCCAACCAGAGCUAAGACACCAACUACUAAAGUAGUAACAGGGGAGCGAAUAAAUGGCCAGGCAGGCAUCCUCAAUUUUACCUGUGUCUUUCUCCUGGCAGCCUCUACCCAUGGAAAGUCAACUGUGCCACACAUUGCGCCACCUGUGACCACACAGAUGACCACGGCUAUCACCUCCAUCAGCAGCACCUCCAAGACCUCUGUCUCCACAGAAGCCCCUCUGGAAACCUCUCCAAAUCCCAGCUCUCUGCCUGGCCCCAGCAGCCCGCUCAGCACCCGGCUGCCAUCCACUGCCACAUCUCCAUUCUCUUCUGCUUUGGCCCCAUCCAUCAGCACAACAUCUGUGCCUACUUCCACUUUUAGUUCUGUUGAGAGCACUACACAUUCUUACUUCCAAAACACCACAUCAACUCCAUAUGGGAAAACGUCUUCAUUAGCUGUCCCUACCAGUAUCUCUACUCAGUCCAGGCCAGCGUUGAUCCCAACAGUUUUAUCUACAACUAUUACCUUUGCUCCCCAUGUUAUCACUAUGGCUUCUACAGAGUCGGUUGAAAGGAGUUCCCUGCAAACAACAACACUAACCACCGCUCGAACAACAUCAUCUCCUCCUCUCACCUCUGGCCUUUCAACAUCUCUGUCCUCUGUUGUUCCAUCAACAGUGCCACACGAGCAUUGUAGAGAAGUUGAAUAUGAAGAAAAAGUAACUUUCAAAGGCUGUUCCACAAAUGUCACUUUGAGCCGAUGUGAAGGAUCAUGUCCAUCUUCAACAAAGCUGGAUGUUGAGAAGAUGACGGUCACCACAGCAUGUGGCUGCUGUAGGCCACUUGAACUUCUUAAGAAGCAAUUCCAACUACCAUGCCAAGACCCAGAUAACCCUGGAAGAAGGCUCACCACAGAAAUAAUUGUAUUUAGUGGCUGUGUGUGUAACUUUGACAGUUGCACACACUAGCCAGACCUGAUGGCUGCAGAUAACAUUUGUAGUAAUUAAACCCUUAUCAUGAGUUAAUCCUGCCACAGCUCAUUGCUGGGUUCUCUUGUACUGAUUACACAGGACAUCCUUGCUGUCAGGCUGCCUGAGCAGCUGCCUGGACUACCAGUGGAGUUACCAGAUAAAUUAUUCCUGAUCAGGAGCAGGGUGGGGUACAGAGCAGAAAAGAACAGGCACAGAAAUAAAGAAUAGGCUCAUGGAAGACAAGAAACUGUUUGGCCAUGCUCAGGGUGAUUUAUUCAACCAGAGGCUAAAACUUGGCCCAUGCAUUGGGCAGUAACAGAAAUUAGAUGUUCAAAUAAAA